ACGAGAACAGUCGUGUUUCGUUAGAUUAGUCAAACCGGGUUCACAACUGCAUACGAUAGCUACUAAUAAAUGUUUAUCACCUGAACCGUAGCGUAUUGCUCGUUUGUCCUAUAGCGACAUCGGUACGUUAAUGCAGCUGACUCAUUUCAUCUUGUUAAUGCAAUUGCGAGACCGAACUGUUUGGUUUUGAACCUGAUGUGCUGUUAUCAAUAGUUGCUUGCUAUCGUGAUAAGACUGAGAGUAUCGUUGAUUUUCAUGCGCAACACGUCAUUGUGGUCUGCAGAAAUUUUGAAUCUACCAAAGUGCUCGUGCGCGAUCAGUGAAUUUGAACAAGCCUAUCAGAAUGAGUGGUUCCAGAACGAAGAUAUUGCAAAAGCUAUGCGUGCAUAAUAGCGAUGUCACGUCUGUCGACUUUUUUGGGAAUUCGUUACUGGCCACAGGGUCAAGUGACAAGACGGUGCGCGUCUGGCGUUGGGUAGCCGGUAACGGAUUCUGCGAAGAACCAUUCUCACCGCUGUUAGGCCACAAGUAUGGAGUGACGAGUGUUCGCGUUUCGCCCAAGGGUGCAGUACUGGCAUCGGCCUCGGUGGACGGCACCGUGAUGCUGUGGAAUCUUGCGACCGGAGAGGAAACGAACGUGCUUACACAGGAAGCCGGUGAGGCAAUACGGGCGUGCAUCUUCAGCCCAAACGGCGCCUCGAUCGUUAGUUCCGAUGACAGUGGCUGCAUUUGCGUUUGGGGUCAGGAUAAAAGUCUCAAAAGACACAUGAAGAUUCAUGACGAAGCAAUUCACACCAUUGCUUUCUCCAGCGAUUCGAGCAUCUUGCUAACUGCCUGCACGCUCGGGAACAUUCGAUUUUACGCCGUGGAAGACGAUUUCGAGGCCGAGAUUUCGAAAGCUGAUUGCUCUAUCGAUGCUGCUCACGACAUGGGUGUACUUUCAGCUGACUUUUGCAAAAUAGUACAUACUGACCCUACCGAUAACUUUUCAAAUAUCUACACGGUGGCCACCUGCGGAACGGAUCAUUACAUCAAAAUUUGGCGCCUUUUCUACAUCCCUGCCAACGUGGACCGCACUAGAAAAUCUCGACUAAUUCCGACUACACCUCAGGAGCAUUUUUCCGGCCAAUCGUCCAUCUACAGCACGGAGGUGAUGAACGCCAGCUGUGUCCAAACGAUUGCCGCCCACGGCAGUUCGGUUACAUGUGUGAGGUUCAACAGCACCGGCACGCUGCUGAUAUCGUGCAGCCUCGAUAAGACCAUUAAGAUUUGGAACCAACAAGGAACGUGCAUCAAAACACUUGGCGAGCACUCGCGCUAUGUCAACUGUUUGGCCAUUAACAGCGACUCGACGGUUAUUGCAUCUGGUUCAAACGAUCGUUCCGUGGUCGUGUGGGAUUUAACCAACAAUAUGACCAUUGAUUCGCACAUUACCGGAAUUCGGUCGCUACUGUUCACGCUGGCGUCAAAGGCCAUGGACAUUCCGUUGGAGUUUAUUUGUCCGAUCACGCACGAGAUUAUGAAGGAUCCGGUCUAUGCGGAAGACGGAUUCACGUACGAACGAUCGGCAAUUGAGGAGUGGUUCAGCCGCGAAAAGAUUGUCUCCCCAAUGACCAACGUGGAGCUAUCAACCGAUGAGUUAGUGGAAAACGGAAAACUUAAGCAGAAAAUCGACGAGUACAUCAAAUCACAGGAUCUGGAUGACUUUGAAUCGUAGGAUGCAUCCAGUAGCUAUAAGAGUUCCUUUGAAUGGAGUGGUGUUUUGCAUUUUUAUCGUGUAAUGAUACUUGGCAGAAAUAUUUUAUCAAUUUUUUUUAUUCA